UGCCCCAUCAUUGGUGUCAGUGGGAGGAAUAGUGCCCCAUCAUUGGUGUUAGUGGGAGGAAUAGUGCCCCAUCAUUGGUGUCAGUGGGAGGAAAAGUGCCCCAACAUUGGUAUCAGUGGGAGGAAUAGUGCCCCAUCAUUGGUGUCAGUGGGAGGAAUAGUGCCCCAUCAUUGGUGUCAGUGGGAGGAAUAGCGCCCCAUCAUUGGUGUCAGUGGGAGGAAUAG